AUGGCCCGAGACUGCGUUUUAAAGCAGCCACCUCCAUGGUGUCAUGCUGAGCAGCAAGGCAUCACUCAGAGAUGCACUGCUAUCAAGUACCACUUUUCCCAGCCAGUACGCUUGCGCAACUUCCCCUUCAACCCAAAGAUGAUCCACCAGGACGAAUGGCAUCUGCUCCACUUGAGAAAGAUCACGGCCGGAUUCCUGGGCAUGGCUGCCGCUGUUCUUCUCUGUGGAUGCAUCGUGGCAGCAGUCAGCUUUUUUUGGGAGGAAAGCCUCACCCAGCAUGUUGCAGGUCUGCUGUUCCUGACGACAGGAAUAUUUUGCACUAUAUCUCUGUGCACUUAUGCAGCCAGCGUAUCAUAUGACCUAAACCACCUCCCCACAUACGUCUAUAAUCUUCCCAAUGAUGUAGAACAUGGAUACGGCACUGUAUUUUGUGCUUGCUGCAGUCUGGGAUUUACAGUGGCGGCUGGGUGUCUUUUCACAGCUUACCCAUUUGUUAGCAGGGGCAACAUUAUGCAGCUGAAGUCCACCAGAGACAACUCCGUAGGACUGCCCACCCUUCAGUGA